AUGAUCCAGGACGAGGAACGUACGUCUUUUACGACAACUACAGACGACGAAGAGACGGAUCUUGAACAUAUGGAUGAACAUACAUCUUUACGUCGAUGUGCACAGAAUGAUGAUCAUUCACUUGAUUCCCCACUUGAAAAAAAUAAUCACGAAAAUGAACCUACAAAGACUAAAAAAAUAACCAAUUUGGACUCUAAGGACCCCAAUUUAAAUGCACAAAAAGGAGCCUUACGUCAAGGUUCAGCCCCAAAAUUAUUAUCUCGUGAAAGUAUUGGUCUUAUUUCGCAAUAUGCAGCUGUGGGGCUUGUAUAUGGAGUAUUACCGAGUACAAUAACUCCUUUUUUAACCUAUUAUUUAAAUAUGGAAGGGACGGCGACAACAUCAGCUCGAGCUUUAAUUUCUAUUCCCUGGAGUUUUAAAGUGUUUAUUGGAGUGAUUUCUGAUUGUAUACCACUUUUUGGAUAUCGAAGACGAUCCUAUAUGGUCCUUGGAUGGUCCGUAACUGUCUUGUGUCUAGUAAUGAUGGCCAUGUCGACAUUAGAAGAACCAUAUUUUCCUGACCCUGACAUGAGAAAUAUCAAACCAAUUGAUUAUUCAAUUGAAAUGACCCAGUCACUUAAUAAAAAUGCACCUAAUAGUGGAGCCAAGUACAUUGUACUUAUGAUGUUUGCUACACUGGGAUAUCUAUUUGCUGAUGUCGCAGCAGAUGCUGUCGUCGUGGAGUACGCUCAACGUGAACCAGAAGAGACACGUGGACGUACGCAAACGGCAAUCUAUACCGUACGAACGCUCUUUAAUGUACUAGCACAAACUAUUACGGGCUUUGGACUUAGCUCACCGGAUUAUGGGGGUAGUUUUGAGUUUGGGAUUUCAUUUCCAGAUACAAUGUUACUAUUAGCCAUUUUCUGUUUACCUGUCAUUCCAAUGACGUGGAUGUAUGUGCAUGAAGAAGUCGUGAAGGAGCGACCACUCUUUAGAAAGUACAUUGGUGAUUUGUGGGGUGCUAUCCAGAGCCGUGCGGUCUAUCAGGUGAUCGCCUAUAGCUUUCUAUCGGGUGUGUUUAGUGGAUUUACAUAUGUGGCUCAGGACCCAAUGACAUCGUACUGGGUCCAUGCAACGAGCUUUAACUUGAGCUUGAGCAGCAUUUUUGGUAGCUUUGUGACAGUGGUGACGCUUACCUUAACGGGUAAGUAUGGGCUGCAUUGGAACUGGCGGACAAUGCAAGUAGUGACUAUGGUGAGUGUGGUCGCACUCGAUGCCAUGUGUACUAUGCUAGUAACGUGGGACAUUGUCCGUAAACAGUGGUUUUGGUUGGGCGUAUCGAUUGUUGAGGCCGUGCCCGAUGCUGUCGGGUUUAUCAUAUCGACAUACGUGGUCGUGGAAUUAGCUGGUCGUGGCAACGAAGGAGCGAUAUAUGGCUUAUUAACCACGGUGAGCAACUUGGGUGGACCAUUUGCCCUCACAUUGACAAAGAACGUGAACGCAUCUUUUAAGGUAUACAACGAGGACAUUUUGAAUGAUACGGAGGAGGUGCGUCGUGACGUGACUAUUACGAUCCUGAUUUCUUACGGUAUGAAGCUGUUGGCAUUGAUUUUCCUGCCUUUGCUGCCUCGCCAGAAGGCUGAAGCGCAGGCUCUCAAAAAGUCGGGUGGCAGCAGUCGUCGCAUGGGCAUGUUUACUAUCGCAUACUUAUCGUUUGCGCUAAUAUGGGCGAUUUUAACAAAUUUGCUGGGCAUCUUCGAGACCACUCGAUGCUGGGUCAUUACAGGUGGCUGCAAGGAUUAA